AUGAAUUUUCUUUUGCUGCUUCUCCAAUUGCUCGUUGUGCGUGGAGCUUACAUUUUAUUGCCACAAGGCGACGGCUGCGUCUAUGAAAAAAGUGAUAAAUUAUAUCGAUGUAUCAAUUAUGAGGGAUUUCUUAAUACUUCAUUGUCUAGUGGCACAAUCGAGAAAUUGAAAGAGCUCAGCUUUUUUUCGGUUCGGCGUUGGAAAAGGGGUGCAUUAUCGAAAAUUCUCAAGGAAUUGACGUUCGGGGAUGACGAAGAUGAGCAAUUCAAAAAAGAGACGACGAAUAUCGAAAAAAAUCUCACGGCUCGUAUGAAAUCUCUCGAAGAACAUAUGGCAGAAUUUGAAAAGAGUGAAAGAGAAUUCGAAAUUCUAGAAAAUAUCAAUCGAAUUUUAUCCAGUCCACGACUUGCAGAUAUUUUCGAUCUCGUCAAUGUCACGACAAAGGAUGUUGCAAAUGAAUUUAAUUUUGACGAAAACUAUUUUUGGGAGCUCUCGUCGAAAUUAAAACUAUCAGCUCGUUCUGAAUCGAAUAAAAUCAUCUUCUCAUUGUGCGGCGACUUGUAUCGACGUUUGGCAUGUGGAGAAGUUAAUGCUGUUCAACCUGCAGGGGACUUCACAAACGGAAACAACAUUUUUAGAUUUUUCGAUUUGCCAAGAUAUGAGAUCUACAGCAGAUUUUUCCAGACGUCCGCUUCGAAGUGUGAUGAAGUGAAGAACAAAUUUUUUAUUUGUUCAUAUGAUAAGCAUAAGGAUUGCACCGUGGCCAAUUCGAAUGGAUGCAAGAGAGUUUCGAAAAUCGUGCCAGAUGGAAUUUUUACCCAAGAACAUUCCUAUGGCACUUAUGUAGCCGCCGCAAAUCUGAAGAAGUAUCUUGUCAGAUGCAACGGAAAUGCCAGCUGGGAAUCAAUGCCCGAAAGCAAACAAUUGUUCGUAAGCCUGCCUUUUUCGUGUUUCGCCCGCUUUGGGAAUAUUCAAAUUGACGGCCGUCAUGAAGAAAUGAAGAUUUUACCUAUGGAUGUCACAAUUGAACACCCGGAGUUUGGCCAGGAAGAUUUGGAAGAAUUGGAAACGCAGAAAGGGAUUUCAUUUGAGGAAAUUGAACAAUUGAAAGAAUAUAUCCCAUCAACCACCAUGGACUAUUUCCUGGCGGUGCUUCUUAAAACGGUUUGUGUGAUCCUCGGGAUUUGUCUUUUGAUAGCUGCUCUCUUGGCUAUUAUAUACAAUAUUAUUUAUUGUGCAAUCAAAGUUUGA